UUUUUAAAAACGUGUAUUAUCUGCGGCAAUUUCUAUAAAGCAAUUCCCGAAAUUCCAAUUAAAUUAGUUCGUUACAAUUCUCGGGACAAUAUACGUUUAAUUGCUAGUAUUUUAGUAAAUAUAGAAAAUGUCGGCGGACGAACUCUCAAAGGAACAAAUAGCACUGCUUAAAAAUGCAUUUGACACCUUUGAUGUGGAAAAGAAGGGCAGCAUUGGAGUAGUCAUGAUCGGAACUAUAUUGAGCAUGCUUGGUGUCCAAACUACUGAUAAAAUGCUGCAAGAUAUUAUUAAUGAGGUUGAUGAAGAUGGUUCUGGAGAAUUAGAGUUUGAGGAAUUCGUUACGUUAGCUUCUAGAUUUAUGGUUGAAGAAGAUGCUGAAGCAAUGCAGCAAGAGUUAAAAGAGGCCUUCAGAUUAUAUGACAAAGAAGGUAAUGGCUAUAUAACUACCAGUACCCUAAAAGAAAUCCUUAAGGAAUUAGAUGACAAGCUGACCAAUGAUGAGUUAGAUAUGAUUAUUACUGAAAUUGAUACUGAUGGAUCGGGGACGGUUGAUUAUGAUGAAUUUAUGGAAGUUAUGACGGGUGGAGACGACUAAAAGAAGUUUAAAAUUGGACAAGAACAGUUUCUUAGAAAAUGCUAUAAAAGACAUAAUAAUGUAAAGACCAGUUCCAGAAAAAGUAUUAAAGAAUAUUUUUAUUACA